AUGUUUUCCAUUGGCCUUGGUGCCAUUGACUUUGGUGCCAUUGAUAGUAGUUCCGUUGAUAUGAGUUCCAUUAUUCAAGAUAUCUUUGACUCUGGCUCCGUUGGUGCCGGAACUUUUGUUGGCAUUCGACUCAAGAUGGGUGACUUGAUCACCCGAGAGGAUUUUGAAGGUAAGCAGAAGAGAGUUAUCGGCAAGACCCUCGAGGUUGACGAAGGCGCUGGACCACUUGUUGAAGUGUACUGUUACUGUAUUCUGUGCAUGUGGCCAAGUCUUUCGGUCGCGUAA